UGCGCGGCGGCUGGCAUGGCGAGAGAGGCGAGUGGCGCUGCAGUGCUCCUUGUGGCUAAAGGGGAUAAGGUUGAGUUUGGCUCAGCACUCAUCAGGCCGGGCCCAGAGGGGCCGGAUUCUGCGCGUGGCCGCCUUCGAGCAGCCGCGGCGGCCGUCCUGCCAGAGAGCCGGCACGGUCAGUGUUGUGGCAACGCUAGACGCGAGCGAACGAAGCGGCACACGCGUAACCGAAAGAAGCCAGAAGAACCGAUCCGCCGAGCGAUUGAGAAGGCCGUGUUUGGCGUGCUGGAUUUCUCGACCGGCAGGACGUCGACCAAGCGGCUGCAGCGGGGCCUCGCGGCCGGCAAUGAACUAGCCGGGGCCGGCGUGGUGAUCAACCCUGUGUGCAUCCUGCGCGACAAGCUGGGGACCGUGACGCAGCAGCAGCCCAACACAACGCUGUCGCCCUACUUCCAUCACCACCAGCUGGGCUACCCGGCGGCCGGCGGCCUGGGCGGGGGUCCUCGGGCGGCCGCGGCCCUCCACUCAGCGGCCGCCGCGGCCGCAUGCAACAUGAUCACCCUGUGCGCCGCCUGCGACAAGCCCAUCCUCGACAAGUUCUUGUUGAACGUGCUGGACAGAGCGUGGCACGACGAGUGCGUCCAAUGUUACGACUGCCACGCGCACCUCACCGACAAGUGCUUCAGUAGAGAGGGCAAGCUCUUCUGUAGGACCGAUUUUUAUAGGCGGUACGGCACAAAGUGUGGUGGUUGUCUACAGGGGAUUUCGCCGAGCGACUUAGUUAGAAAAGCGCGGGGCAAAGUGUUCCACCUGAACUGUUUCACGUGUCUUAUAUGUCGAAAACAGUUAAGCACUGGCGAAGAACUCUACGUCCUCGACGACAAUAAGUUCAUCUGCAAGGACGACUACCUCAGUGGGAAGAGCUCGCAAGGUGAUUCCCUGAUGGGUUCCGCGAGCGAAGAAGACGAGGAUGAAGACUCAAAAACGACCUCUCUGCCCCCAGAGGCCAACAACAACUCGUCGAGCAACAACCACAACGUGCGGGGCGCGAGUCCCGGCGCCUCGCUGCUCGGCGGGAUCGGCCCGGGCGACCUCAAGGUCGAUCCCUCCCUCACAACCCCUGAGAAAGACUCCCUGAACGACUCUGAGGGAUCGUUAGACGGCGAUCCAGAAACGCGGGAUUCGCAGACAGAGAACAAGAGCCCCGACGGCGACGGCGCGGUGGGCUCGAAAAGAAGAGGUCCCAGGACAACAAUCAAAGCCAAGCAGCUGGAGAUUUUAAAAACUGCCUUUUCUCAAACGCCCAAGCCGACGAGACACAUUAGAGAGCAAUUAGCCAAGGAGACUGGCCUGCCCAUGAGAGUAAUCCAGGUAUGGUUCCAAAACAAACGGAGUAAGGAGCGCCGCCUGAAGCAGCUGACCUCGAUGGGCAGGGGCCCGUUCUUUGGAUCGACGCGUAAAAUGCGCGGCUUCCCCAUGAACAUGAGUCCUGGCCUCGACGACGGCUCCGCUGGCCCCGGCUUUCCGUACUUCGCGGCAGCUGCUGCAGCGGCGGCCGCGGCCGCAGACGGCAAGUUCCCGCCGGAAUUCGGCUACCCCGGCCAAGGCUUCCACGACUUCUUCCCCGGCCAACCAGGCGGGGGACCACAGGGGCCACUCAACUUCCCUCCGCAAGGAAUGGUUCCUGGUGGAAUGGAAGGCGGCCCUGGUCCCAUGUCGGGCCCCAUGCCCGGCGAGUUCGGCCCCAUGAACCCCAACAGCGACCCCUCUUUCUUGCAACAGGGUGACCUCAUGUCGCAGCGGUCCAGUCCAGAGUAUAUUACUCCAGGCUACUCGGACUUUGGCUAAAAGCAAGUGAGAAGAGGGCGAAAGAGACCUACCUUUUUAUUAAACGGAUAAUUAGCUCUAAUGUGUGUAAAUAGCUGAAUGCUGAUACGAGAUCUGUUGAAUGUGCGUCUGCAAUUAAAUGUGAUUACAAGAGAUAUUAAUAUUAGACAAUUAUUGAUUAUGAUACAGCUAUUAUUACAUCACAGACAACCACACAGACACUCUCGAUAUUACUGAAUUAAAUUACAAACAAAUUACACUAUGGCUACUGUAUUAAAAUUUAUACAAGGCCGAUCGAGGACCUUGGCGAUUUGGAACAAAAAUGAAUGAAUUUAAUAGGAACUUCAAAGUGCGCAUAGCUAGCUGCAUAAUUAAGUGUGCCAAAAAGUUUACGAGAACCAUCUCUUUCACACACGCAAACUAAUGACAAAUCUAUAUUGAAAAAAAGAUGAAAUUCUGUAGUUGCGAACAGCGCGACUCUUGAUUUUGUUAGUUUGUUUAUAGUCCCGUCAGAUGCGACGCAGUUUUGUUCUCAUUGUUGAAAAAGAAAAAAAAGAAAUUGUGAACAGCGGUCGUCACCUUUGAUCGGAUUAUGUAUGUGAAAUUCCCUGUUUUGAAUAAGAGCAUUUAUACGAUUGUGAAUAUAUACACGACAUGUUGGCAGAGUUUUAUGUAUAUUACAUAAGGGAUCGACCUAUUCACACGCAAAAACGUUCUUUUGUGUUUUACCUACAUUUGGUCUUCUGUCUCCUUUCCUAUUGUGUAACACCUGAUGAUGGAGGUUUUUGUCAUCGUUUUGAUGACGAUAUCAUGUACAUAUCUGCGCUACCCUCAGAAUAAAAUCAAGGCAAAUAA